UCAACAGAUUAUUGAAUAAAUUUAAAAUAAUAUGAGUGUUAGAAGAAAACAACUUGAGAGAAGAAGACAAAGAGUAGCUAGUUCAAUGAGCCAAGCUUCCAUUAGUCAGCUUAAGGGCAUGAAUUCCAUCUUGAAGAACCCUGGAGAUAAUAAUAAUGCACAUAGAAACUUCUUAAACUCAGUAGUCAGAUUUUCAUCUAACCCUCAUGCUGAUAAAAGUUUAUCGAACAUGUCAGGUUCCAGGAAUAUGUUGAAUGUAUCUCAACCUGUCAGUCCAGUUCACCAAGGAAUUAUUGGUCAAGAGGCAAGGGAUAGGCUAAAUAGUUCUAUGAUCGUUCGGUCUUCAGCAAGCAUGAUGAGCUCAACCAGUAGUCAAGAAUUCGUCAAUAUUCGAGCAAGACCAAUUAUAAUCAAUGAUACUAAGCCUAAAUUUGAUCCUGAUAAGCUACAGUACGAAGUUAAGAGAACUUUUUAUAAGAAGAAUAGAACGGCAACUAUGAAAGGGAAAACAGGUAAAUCAUGGCUUGAUGUAGAAGCCAAAAACAGAUCCUUUGCUCCUCCGCCAGGACAUUACGACAUCAAAGAGGCUAAAUCUGAUAAGAUGGGUUUUCUUAAGAGCAAGAGGGUGACUCAGAUUCAGGAAUAUAUCAAGCUGAAUAAGUGGAAACUGGCUCCAGGUGUUCAUUAUAAGAGCAAUUCCUUCAAAUCAACACUCAUGGGAAACAGGAAUGGAAUUAUGCACUCCAAAGUUCAGAGAAUGGGUUACAUAGAUGAAGCAGUAGUCAGAGGCCAGCAGAGUCCAGCAAGCAUAUAUAAAAAGGAUUCAAGGCAUACUAAGAAAAGGCAGCUUUAUGGAAAUUUCUCUAAAGGCGCAAAGCGAGAGUCUGAAUUCAAAAUCAAAAAGGCUAAAUCAGGGCCAGAUGAUUAUAAUUAUGCAGAAGCUUUUAAUAAGACGCAAGGGAAAUCUCGCCAUUGCUUUUUCUCAAAAGAAAAGCAGCCAGUCAAAGCAGGAUCAAGUAAAUUUUCCGUACCUGGUGUCGGGAGUUACCUCAAGGCUGAGAGUGGAUUUGAGAGGUUAAGUCCUAAACCUCUGUCUAUUAGAAAACGGAGAUGAUAAACACAAAUCUGGUUUAAAUUUCUUCUUAAUUCAACUUUAUUUAA